AUUAUAAUAUCUGGAAAAAAAAAAAAGCCCACCAACCAACCACAGCACAAACAGCUUUUACUCACUCUUCUCCUCCGCAUCUCGUCCCUGUUUCAUAGAUCGGGAGAGAGAGAGAGAAAGGUUGGAUCUUUCGUCAGUCCCGCCGCUUCCAUUCUUCAGCCCACCUGAUUUUCUCUGAUUCUCCCUUCUGGGUUUUGCUCUGUUCCUCAGUUUUCUCUCUGGUUUUAGCAUAAAUCACACGUUUGAAGCUCGCAAUCCUCUGAUUUCGGUCACAUUCCAGCUCGUUUCGCCGAGAUUUCUUCCGGGUUUCCCUUGUUUUGCUCUCAUUCAGCUCAUUUCCCCCCUGGAUCAGGAUCUGGAAGAUGGCGUGCGUACACUGCUCCAGGGUUUAACCCUUCGGACAAAGUUCUGAGCUUCCAAGAUCGAAUCUUUCUGUCGUCCCUAGGGUUUGGAAAAGUGGCUCCCUUUUAUUCCCCUCCUUUGAUUCGUCGCUUUCAUCCUUAUCUCCUUAAGUUUCCGUUUGAAAUGCCGUAUUGAUCAUAUUCUCCUUCCAAAGCUCUGAACCAAAAUCCUCUCCUGGAACUUCACCCUUUUCUCUCUCUUUGAAUUCCUCCAUUAUUCAGAGAGAGAGAGAGAGAGAGAGUUUCCGAAACUUGAAUCCAAAUUCCGUAGCUUUUCAGACAAAUCGGUGAAAGAUGAACAGAGGAAUCGAUGUUUUGUCACCUGCAACAUACCUUCAGACAUCGAAUUGGCUGUUCCAAGAAAGCAGGGGAGCCAAAUGGACAGCGGAAGAGAACAAGACGUUCGAGAACGCACUCGCCUUGUACGACAACGACACUCCCGACAGGUGGUUCAAAGUCGCCGCCAUGAUUCCCGGAAAGACCGUCGGAGAUGUGAUCAAACAGUACAGAGAGCUCGAAGAAGAUGUCAGUGACAUCGAAGCCGGUCUGAUUCCGAUCCCUGGUUACGCGUCCGAUUCCUUCACUUUGGAUUGGGGCGGUGGCUUCGACGACGGUUCCUUCUUCUCCGGGAACAAUGGUGGCUUCGACGUCAACGGUUACUACUUUGCCGGCGGGAAGAGGGUCUCCGGUGGUCGGCUGCCCGGAAACAAUAGCUUCAACGUCAACGGUUACUACUACUUCGCCGGCGGGAAGAGGAGCUCCGGUGGUCGGACGCCGGAGCAGGAGCGGAAGAAGGGAGUUCCCUGGACUGAGGAAGAACACAGGCAAUUUUUGAUGGGUCUGAAGAAGUACGGGAAAGGAGACUGGAGAAACAUAGCACGCAAUUUCGUCAAAACGCGAACGCCAACGCAGGUCGCGAGUCACGCCCAGAAGUACUUUAUCCGACAGCUCACCGGCGGCAAAGACAAACGCCGUUCCAGCAUCCACGACAUCACCACCGACACCGUCAACGUCCCCGACCCAAACGCAAACGCGCCGCUGGUGGCAGAGAACGCUGACGCGUGUGCGGUUUUCGGUCAGAACGCGUUUUUGUCUGACGGUUUCUUCGGGACGCCGUACGUGAGCAAACUGCAGGAUCAUGGCGUUUUAAACGCAACGCAGCUCGGCGGUUACAACGCGUUUCUCCAGAUGUAGCAGAGGUUUGGGAGUUAAUUAAAGAGGUCCCAUUAAAGACGCAUGGUACUUUUAAUUUUUUUUUCAUUUUUAUUAUAACGUUGUUUUUGUUUUGUCCAUCGUUUGAUUUGGUCUUUUGCUGUGUGAAUAUAAAAUAGCUGAUUAUUUUAAACGUUCAAUAAUUAGAUUAA